AUGGGUGAUAAUCACUCUCCGCUCGAGCUUCCUCCCCUGUCCGAUUUCCCAGCGAAGCCGGAAGACCUCGAGCAUCCGCCGGUGCCCUUGCCUCUUUAUGAUUUUACUCGUCUUCCUGACCCACCUGAUGACUGGAUGCAUUUUAAUGUCAGUUUCAAACAUGUUGCACACGGUAAUAGUCGUGCCUUGAAGCUCCCGCAGGUGCAAGUGUUGAUGAAGCAUUACUUCUGGGGAAUCCAUUAUGAGGAACCAACAAUUACCCCAAAAACAACGAGAAAGAAGCAAAGUCUCAAGGUUCAACAAGCGAUUCUGUUCAAGCUCAUCUACUACAUGCAAGAACGUCAUCGCCCGAAGACUUGGUUAGAGAUGCUCAAUGUUAACCGAGAUACUGGGCCACGACUCUUGAAAUAUGACCUCAAUCCGCGCCCAAAGCCACUCAGUAGGUGGUACAAUACUGCCCCGGAUGUGACCACGCGUAUCAUGAAUGCGUAUAUACGCCCUCAUGAUGCGCCACCAGACAUGCCCGACUACCUUCUUCAACAGUAUAUGUACUCAGUUGACAGCUUGUAUACACCACCCCCACCUCCAGCGCCAACAGUCGACGCGCAGCAAGAGGAAUUUCUUCGUGUAAAUCUGCUGGAGCACAUGAACCCAGGCGUCGUAUUUAGACCGGCCUAUUCAUUAACCGAUCCGCCGGGUACGAAGAUACCGGGCCCUUCAACAGGCCAAAAACGGGGUGGAGAAGAAAAUAGUGACCCUCAUCGCAAGCGCUUGAGACAACUUUCACCCGGUGCUCCUGCUUACCGAGGUCGUCCUCGUUCUCCCACCCCGCCAUUCCAAGAUCCUGUCUUUGCUGCCGAGGAUAUCACAACUUUCACCUGGACACCUAGUCUAGCACCGACUCAUAAAGUGGCCCCGAUUGGAAGGAACCAGCUGGGCCCCAUUGUCCCCAAACCUGCAGUUCCCCUUGACACGCGAAAAAUUACGGAUGCCGUGGAACGAGCUGUGAUGCAGAUUGUGUAUGCUGACUUGGAUCGUGAUCCCAGCAUUCCGUCUGUCGACAAGCCUGUUCGCUACCGAACCGCUCAGUCUUACGAGGAUCUGCUCACGAUGAAGCUGGGAGCCUUCCCCACCACGGCAAAAGUAAAAUUGUCGCCAUUGACUUUCGAUUGGGAUCCAAAUGGCACUUCAUUUCCGGUUCGGGGCCGUGGUCCUGUAUGGGAUACAAUGUCUUGUGCCACGGAUGCUGUCAUUGUAGCGGCGAUGCUACUCGAUGCUGGUUGCACCAAGAUAGAUCGCGCAAACAAUCGAGCAGCUGAGUUCACAGAUAUCGAGAAAGCAUUCAUCGAAGUGACAAAUGCGAGCUGGGAGACAUUCGAUGAUAAGACUUCUAUAUUUGUGCGUGACGAAUUUCUCCGUUUGUUUAUGGAUGGCUCAAGCGGCAUGAAAAUGGGAGAUAUGAUUCCCCCUUGGGCACCAUGGUCAGUGGCCACGAGAAGCUUCGCUCAAUUCCGCUAUUUUCACGUCGAGCGAGUGACACCUUGCAAAUGCCAGUUGGGAACUCCUUUCUACAACUCCCAUCAAGGGUCCUGCAUUCUACCUGGCUACCUACUGGGUGAUGAACUUGGAGUAGAUUUGCAAGUGUUGGUCGAGCGAUGCUUCUACCCACGAAAGUCUUUCAAGUGUGAUAGGUGUGGUGAUCCGUACGGAGUUACUGGAGAACGAAAGAUCGGUCAACUCCCGCUGCGUUUGGUGAUAACAUCUGAUCUCAAGACGCGAAUCCGAAAUCACACAGAGAAUCUCAGGUUCAAGUACAUAGACUAUGAGGACAAGCAACAGGUCGCACACUAUCGUUGGCUUGGUGGCAUCUAUAACAAUGAAUCCCAUGCUCGUUUGUUCUGGACAGAUACGAAACGAGGCGAGAAAGAUAAUGGAAAUAUUAUGAUGUACGACAGCCAAGUCAACUCUGGAGUUAUCGUCGGUGGAAUCCCAGGAUUUAAACCUGAAGAAAAGGUGCCCCCUGAAUGGUCCCACCAUAGAGCUAUUCCUCUCCUUUUCUAUGAGCGAAUCAUCAAUCCCACCACCGACCUUUUGGCGAAGGCCAGCAACGCGAUGUUUGAGAUGAGCAAUUGUCUGAAUGCAAACAAGAACGUUCUCGAAGAACACAUCCCUUGGGAACAAUUAACUCCUCCACCACAGCCGGAUCCAUGGCCUCGUGUACUUUCACACACCGGCGAACGCUUCAGCGAUUUCAACCCCAGCUGGGCAACAUCGAAGCCAUCCCCCAAGCCAGUUGCUGCACAACCUGCUGCACAGCCUGCUAUACCCUCUCUGCCACCAGUUGCAAUUGACCCGUCACUGCUUGAUCCAUUAGUGGUUGACCCAUCGCUCAUUGACCCAUCGAUUUACUCCACCACCACACCUCCAGAAUUCGACAUUUCCUCACUAAUGGACGAAACAGGAAUCGAGGGCCCAUCGAACAUUGAUCAUGACAAGAACACUGAUCAAGACGCAAUAGAUGAGGACGCCAAAAAGCAUCUAUUUGAUUCGAUGAUGCACAGUCCGCGCUGGCUCGGUGAACAUCCGGAAAUGUGGCCUUCGGGUAUACCUAAUGAGGAAGGAGCUUUGGAUUUCCCCGAGCUGCCUAUGUCGCCCCUAUACCCCCAAUCACCUGAACUGGGCAAUCGUGUGAGCUCUGUGUGGUCAGAUUCGGAAGAGACUAUGUCAGGGCUUCGAAGCCGAUCUUUCCGUCGAACGCAUGGUAAUAGACUCAAGAGGUCCGCGUUGGCCAGCUACGCUAUCUCGAAGCAGGUCCUAGAUCCAGCGCAGCGGCGGGCAUUGAAUUCAGAGAGGCAUGGAUUCAACUUCAGGAAGAGAUAUAGUGAUGGAGAGGAGGAGAGAGAUGAGGAACUUGAACAAAAGAAGAUAAUGCAAAAGAAACAGGACGUCGACCGAAAGAAGAGGGAGGAAAUGAAAAUUCAAGAAGAGCUCGAGGUAAAGAAGAGAGAACAGCAGAUAAGACAAAAGGAGCUCGAACUAAAGAGAAGAGAGGAGCACAGAAGGCAAAGAGAGCUUGAACUAAAGAAAGAGGAGCAGAAAAAGCAGGAGCUCGAGUUGCAGAAGAGAGAACAGGAAGAGCAAGCAAGUGAAAAAGUAGAGGGAGAUCCUAAAUUGACUAGAGAGGAAGAUUAUAAAAAGCAGAAGCAACGGAAAGAGAAGAAGAAGAAACAGGAGGCGAUUCCGAAGGUAUCAAGAAGAGCGGGAUUGAGGAAUUCGAGGAAGAAAAACACCGAUCCAACAUGGAAACCUGGUAAAGAUGAACCCGAUGAAGCUGAUGAAGCUGAUAUUUGA